CUGCAGACUGCAGCCUGUCCAUCCAUCCAUCCAUCCAUCCUUCCACCUCAAUCUCAACGACAGGAGUUUAUUUCUGGCGGGCCGUUGAUCGAUCGCGGAAUGAUAAUGUUUAAGAUUGUUCAUUGAUUGCCGCUUGCUUCACUCUUUCCUCAUCGCUCUCUUACCCGUCGCACUUAGCUCAACCUCCUCAGACACCCACCGCAAGGCGGUAGGCGACACUUCCGCACGCUCCUCUCCUACGUACAGUACUCCGUACAACAGCGCGCCUUCAGAGCAGCAAAGCACUCCGCACGACUUCAGUGCAAUUCCCCCAUUCCAUCUUCUCCCUCAGACAUGGCCUCACCCUCGCACCCUUCCAAUCCCGGCGCACCCACAACCAACCACCCAAUCACCCCUCCAGCCGACCACCACCAAUCGACCCCCAACGCGGCCUCCAACAUGAACACCAUGAACAACACGACGACGACGUCGACGUCGACAAAUAACCCCGCCACCACCACCGCCAAUCCCAACACAACAGCAACCACAGCACCCGCCCCCUCGACGACCCCAGCACCCCCCAACCAACCGACCCAAAUCCCCUCCACCUCCCUCAAAGACAGCGGCAAGUCGCGCCGCCCGCGCGAUGUCCGCCUCAUCCACAUGCUCCUGGCCAGCCUCGGCGUGACGGCCUACCAGGAGCGCGUGCCGCUCCAACUCCUCGACUUCGCCUACCGCUACACCUCGAGCGUGCUGCAGGACGCGGUCCACCUGGCGACGGAGGGUUACGCGGGCGCGACGACGGACACGGGGGCGGCGGCGCGCGGCCCGCCCGAGGUCAACAGCGUCAGCCUGCCGGCGCUGCGGCUGAGCAUCGCCUCCCGGCUGCACUACCAGUUCCAGUCCGGCCUGCCCAAGGAAUUCCUCAUGGAUGUGGCGGCGGAGCGCAACCGCGUGGCGCUGCCGGGCGCGAGCCGCGGGUUCGAUCAGCAGGGCAACUCGAAGGUGGUGGCGGGCAGCCAGGGCAGUGUGCUGAUGGGUGGGCUGCGGUUGCCGCCGGAGCGGUUCUGCUUGACGGGUAACGGGUGGAAUCUGCGGGAGGAGUGGGAGAGUGAAGGGGAGGAGGAGGUGGAGAUGGAGCAACCGGGGGAUUUCGGGGGCGAUGGGACGUCGGGCGGUGCGAGGGAGAAUGGGGUUACUGGGGUGAAGAAAGAGGAGGAUGGUGAGGAUGAGGAUGAGGAUGGCAAGAUGGAGGAUGUGUUUGGGGAGGAUACGGCCAUGGGGGAGGAUGAUGAUGGGGAUAAGGAUAUGACGGAUGUUUAGUUUGGGGGUUGGGUGGAUAUGGAUGGUGUUUUGGCGCUCGGCGUGAGACUAGGUUUAUCGAAUUUCGAGGAGGAGAGAGGUCAGGUUCUAUACCAUAUCUAUAAUCAUCACGACUUCAGCUUCUGCUCCCCGGCCACUUUUGAAUCCUCGAACCCUCAGCCACUCUCUGGUCCAUACUAUACAUGUACAAAUAUGCUUUCUAAAAGGUAACCUGCAUAGAACGACCAGAC